GCGACACCGCCAUUGCCAUGGCCGCGUACCGGGUGCGGGUCCGCACCGGGAGCGCUCCCGGCGCCGGCACCAGCGACGCCAUCGCCGUGACGCUCGUGGGGAGCCGCGGCAGCAGCGCCAGGACCGCGCUGGACCGCUGGGGACCCGACUUCCAAUGCGGGGCGAGGUGUCGGUGGUGGCAGUGGCACGGUGGCGGUGGUGGCACGGCGAGGUGACAGCGCUGGCACGGUGGUGACGGUGGCCUGGUGGUGGUGGCAGCGGUGACACAGCGAAGGUGACAACAAUGACACUGCAAUGGUGGCAGCGGUGACACAGGGAAGGUGACAAUGGUGACACUGCAGAGGUGACAACGGUGACACUGCAAUGGUGGCACAGCAGUGGUGACAACGAUGGCCUGGUGAUGGUGACGGCGAUGGUGACAACGGUGACACAGCCAUGGUGACAGUGGUGACACUGCAAUGGUGACACAGCCAUGGUGACAACGGUGACAGAGUACCAGGUGCGCGUGCCCCGUCCCCUCGGGCGCCUCCUGCUCCUCCAGGUGCACAAGGGGCCCUGCGGGGGCCUCCCCGAGAGCUCCUGGUACCUGGAGCGCGUCACCGUGUGGGGACAGCGCGGGGACACACCUGGGGACACACCUGGGGACAGCCCCGACACCUCAGACAGCGAGGACAGCGCUGGGGACAGCGAGGACAGCGAGGAGGAGGAGGAAGAGGAGGAGGAGGAGGAGGAAGAGGAGGAGGGGACAGGUGACAAUGAGGGGACAGGUGACAGCGAGGAGGAGACAGGUGACGCCCUGGAGGAGGAGCCGGAGGAGGAGGAGGAGGAGCCAGAGGAGGAGGGAGGAGGAGCCCGAGGAUGGCACAGGUGACACCGGUGAUGACAGUGAAGGUGACCCCGAUGACGUCACUCAGCUGGGCCCCUUCCACUUCCCGUGCUAUCGAUGGCUGGAGGGGUUCGGCACCUGGGAGCUGCCCGAGGGCACAG